UAUAACAAACUCUUUAUCUUCUUUCAAGAUUACAUAUCAUGGAACGUUAAUUAAUGUUCAUACUUACAGAUUUGACGCAAUAUUAAGAUACAUUAUGUGUACUAAAAACCUAUCGUAUUUUUUAUCGGGAUCGGUAGUUAGAGGCUUUGGCAGAGGUUCUAAAGCUUUGGGAAUACCUACGGCAAAUCUUGAAGAUAACGUAGUAGAAAAUUUACCUAAUGAUUUUAAUACUGGAAUUUAUUAUGGAUGGGCUUCUAUAGAUGGACAAAUUUAUAAAAUGGUUGCCAGUAUUGGUUGGAAUCCAUUUUAUAAAAAUAAAAAAAAGACUGUGGAACUACAUCUAAUACAUACAUUUGAAAAUGACUUUUAUGGAAAACAAAUUAAAGCCAUUUUUGUGGGAUAUAUACGACCAGAAAAAAAUUUUACUUCUGAAGAGGAAUUAAUUAAAGCAAUAAAAACUGAUAUUGCAUUUGCUGAAGAACAAUUACAAAAGCCUGAUAUGAUCGCUUAUAAAUAUAAUCAAUUUUUUAAAGAAUAAUAAAAUUAUGAAUACUAUAAAUAAUACUAAUUAA